AUGGCGAAGAAAGCGAAGUCGCGUACUAUCCCUGUUCGGCUUAUCUCAAUGGCCAUGACCGGUUUCUACCGCACGAUGAUCAGACCUCGUACCCACCGGCCACUCAGUAUGCUCAAAUACGACCCUGUCGUGAAAAAGAAGGUGCUGUUCCUGGAGGCGACCAAGGGUGGACGAGCGAGAUAA